CACACGACGCGCGCACGGGUAGAGAAACAGCAGCAGGAUGGCGAGCAAGGACACAACACAGAGUUCCCCACAUCCAACACGAACAAAAUCAUCAUGUGUUGGACUUCUGCGCCUUUUAUUUAUUGCAUUUAUUCACGUGGCACAGGCGAACAAACAAGCUUUCAUACAGUCAGACAACAUCCUGGAGGUACUACACUUUGGGGAAGGAGGCCUCUUGCAGACAGAGUCUGAUAUUGAUCUUAGCUUAUAUCGUCAAAAAAGUGCAUCCUCUCAGCGGGGGAACAGCAGACCCAUACGCUUUGAGCCUCCAAUGCUGGACUUUCAUGAACAGCCAGUUGGAAUGCCAAAAAUGGAAAAAGUUUACUUACACAAUCCAAGUUCAGAAGAAAUAAGUUUAAUAUCAAUAUCAGCAACAACAUCACAUUUUCAUGCAUCCUUUUUUCAGAAUAGGAUAAUUCCACCUGGAGGCAACACCUCAUUUGAUGUGGUGUUUCUAGCUCGAGUAGUAGGGAAUGUAGAAAAUACCUUAUUUAUUAACACAUCGCAUCAUGGAGUGUUUACAUACCAGGUGUUUGGUGUGGGUAUCCCCAAUCCUUACAGACUCAGGCCCUUUGUAGGGGCCAGAGUUCCAGUAAAUAGCAGCUUUUCUCCACUCAUAAGCAUCUUCAACCCACAUAGUGAACCACUGCAGGUUGUAGAGAUGUACACCAGUGGAGGAGACCUACAUUUAGAGCUGCCUACUGGACAGCAGGGUGGCACCAAAAAAUUAUGGGAGAUCGCUCCAUUCGAGACAAAGGGUGUGAUGAGAGCCAGCUUCUCCUCUCGAGACGCUGACAACCACACAGCCUUCAUAAGAAUUAAAACUAAUGCGUCCAAUGAGGACGAGUUUAUCAUCCUCCCUGUUGAGGUUGAAGUUACCACAGCACCUGGUAUAUACUCCUCCACAGAGAUGUUGGACUUUGGUACGCUUCGAUCGCAAGAUCGACCAAAACAACUGAAUUUGCAUCUGUUAAAUUCAGGAGCAAAAGAUGUAUCGAUCAUGAGUGUUAGGCCAACUCCAUCGAAUGAAGCUGUCACAGUUGAGUUCAAGCAAAUUACACUAAAAGCUGGAGAGAGCCGAUAUACCAAAGUUGCAAGUAUUAGUUUUGAUGCUUCAAAAGCAAGAAGAUCAGAUCAGUUUUCUGGAAAAAUAACAGUGAAGGCAAAAGAGAAAAGCUACUCAAAACUUGAAAUCCCUUACCAAGCUGAAGUUUUAGAAGGGUACCUGGGCUUUGACCACACAGCCACCCUGUUCCACAUCAGAGACAGUCCUGUAGAUCCAGUGGACAGGCCCAUCUACCUCACUAAUACUUUCAACUUUGCCAUACGCAUCCACAAUGUGUCCCUUCCUGAAGAAGCCAAGACAAUGUUCAAUGUGCAUAAUUUCAGCACACCAGUUCUUAUCCCUCCCCAUGAGUCCCGCUACAUUUUCUCCCUUCUGUUUCGACCAGUAAGACCCUCCAUCCACAUCGACAGCAACAUUCUCCUCAUCACCAAUGCUUCUAAAUUUCACCUGCCAGUCAGGGCCUACACAGGCUUCUUGGAGCCCGUCGUUCUUCCUCCCUGUCUUCGAGAGCAUAUCUUAGACUUUGGUGUCCUUAGUGCCACAGACACCAGCAGUUUGGUGUUUGUGGUGGUCAACAGCAACCCAAUUGAGUUGGAAAUAAAGUCAUGGUUGGUGACAGGAGACAGUCUGUCAUUGGAGUUGCUUAAUACAGAAAGAGGGAACAGAAGUAUAGCACUGAGCAGAAUUCAAGAGCUGCAGAACACAUCAGCCGCCCAAUACAAAACCGUAAUUUUAGCCUCAGGCUAUUACGCAGCAUUUAAAGUCACUUUGGUGGCUAAAGCUCUCGAGGGAUUUUAUGAUGGAGCCAUACACAUUACAACAGACUAUGAGAUAUUGACUAUCCCUGUAAAGGCUCUCAUAGCGGUUGGAACAUUAAGCUGUUCACCCAAACAAAUCAUUCUUCCACCUUCAUUCCCGGGAAAAGUAGUUCAUCAAAGUUUCAGCAUACAGAGUUCAUUCUCACAGAAAGUAAGGCUUCAGCAAAUUCGCUCUCUCACGGAGGACGUCCGCUUUUACUUCAAACGACUUCGCAAUAACAAAGUGGAGUUGGAACCCAGACGAAAGUCCAAGAUAGCAAACAUUUAUUUUGAUGCCAGCUUGCAGUGUGGUGAUCACUGUUAUGUGGGAUUACCGUUUGUAUUGAAAUCGGAGUCCAGGCCCCAUGGUUUGGUUAUGCAGGAGGACAUGUGGGAUGCUGAUGUAGAUCUACACCAGCGGCUCCUGAAAAGAUGGCGAGAGCUCAAAGAGCAAUCAGGCCUUGAGAUUGAAGCUUUCUUUGAAGUGAACACAGAUCUGCAGAAGAAUGUGCAGGCCAAAAUCUCAGCGCGGCUCACAUGGCCCUCACUGGUCAACUCAUCACAACAGAUCCAUUUUCCUCUUACAAACACCAACAGCUCAUCAGAAGAAGAAGUGAUUCUAGAAAACCCAGCCGAUGUCCCGGUCUACGUCCAGGUUCUUCCUCUGGCUCUGUACCCAAAUCCUUCAGUGUUCACAGGCAAACUUGCUGACAGGUUUCCUUUAGGAAAGUUGUCCAACAUCAACAUUGACACAAAUACACUGGAAUUCCAGGUCCAUAAAAAUUAUUCUUCAGUGUUGAAGAGUUCCACAGGUUUUGUUGAAGGUUUGACUCGGCCCUACAUAUACAACGUGCUCCUUAUGCCCGGGGAAGUAAAGUCCUUCAAUGUGAGGUUCAGACCCAUUACCAAUCACAGUGUCUCUUCUCUGCUAGUCGUCAGGAACAACCUGACAAUAGUAGACCUGAUCAUGGUUCAUGGUCAAGGCACCACAGAGAGUCUGAGACUAGCUGGUAAAGCCCCAGGUCUCGGCAGCUCUCUUAGGUUUAAACUUACUGAGGCAUUCCUCAAAGACUGUUCAGAUGUUAAAGCCAAGGAACCAAACUUCACUCUUCGAAGGACUUUCAGGCUGGAGAACACAGGGCUUCUCCCGAUUCACAUUCGAUCUAUGGAGAUCAGUGGCAACGCAUGUGAGGGUUAUGGCUUCAAAGUUCUCAACUGUGAAGAAUUUGCACUCAAACCAAACACUUCAAAAGACCUCGUCAUACUGUUUACACCAGAUUUCACAUCAUCCAGAGUGAUCCGGGAGCUGAAGUUGGUGACUGCGGGGGGCUCAGUGUUUGCGUUUGUACUGAAUGCAUCAUUGCCAUAUCACAUGUUGGCAGUGUGUGCUGAAACCCUUCCCCGACCCAACUGGGAGCUGGAGCUCUACAUCAUCGUCUCCCUCAUUAUGAGCUCUAUGUUCCUGCUGGUCAUCGCUACUGCCUAUCUGGAGGCCCAGGGAAUAUGGGAGCCUUUCAAACGACGGCUGUCUGUGGAAUCCAACUCUCCCAUGGAGACUGGAAAACCUUUUGAUCUCAGGGAAAUUGUACGAAUUCAAAGUGAUCCUAACUUGAAUGAUUUUGCCGACUCAAACCAGAACUCGACAAGAGGAAUGUACGGGUCAACCGUUGGUGGGCGGGCUGGGGGUCGGCAGGGUGGUCCACACUCCACUUCCAACAGCAAUGGUGUUCUGCCAGACAGCAAGCCCAGAUCUGGUUCAGGCCGCUCUGGAUCUAUGCAAUCUUCUUCAACCUUUCCGCUCAAUAAAGAUAGUGGCCAAGGACUCAAUCAGUUGACUAACCGAAAGGCCCGGAGUUCCAAACAACAGCAGCAGGGCUCGGGCCUCCUGGAGGACCUCCCGAGCUCAACACCCUCACAGUCCAACAGCACAAGGGCCAACAGUACAGAAGAUCAGGAUUACAGCCGACUCCUGGUAGCCAUGGAUAAAGAUCUUGACAGGCCUGAGUCUUCUGCCAAUAGUGUGUCUUUAGAACACAAUUCACAACAGUUCUCACAAAACAAAGUGCUUGAAUCAAAAGGGAAAGUGAAAAAUAAAACAAAAGCUCUUAAGAAGAAAGAGGAGAAAGAGAGGAAAACAAAGGGAAAGGCUCAAGGAGAAGAAUUAAAAGAACCACUGGCAGACAAUGAUGACAGCUCUUCUACUACCACAGAGACCUCUAACCCAGACAUGGAGGCCAAUAUUAAAGAGGAGCCAGUGAAGAUGAAAGGAAAAACACUGUCAUUGGACAGUGGAAAAGAAAGAGAAGAAAUUACUCCCUUCCCUACUAAACCAAAAACUAAGAAACAACCAACCACAAAGAAGGAGAACCAAGUUGAAAAAUCCAGCUCUCUAGAACUCCCUUACGUUACACCCCUGGAAAAACAGGAUAAGCAGCGCAAGACCUUCACCAAAACCCUUGCCAAUACAGGAAUUCACAGCUUCUCCAAACCACGAGCUCUGGGCAAACUAGUCAGUGGGAAGAUGGGUGAUGACCGGCUAUCUCCACUUGGAAAGUUUGUAUCCAAUGGCUCCAUGUCGGAGCUGGGUCAUAGCAGUGGAUCAGAAGGAGAGAAAGAGUCCCCCCCACCAGAAUGGGAUGUUCCUCUCAACAAAACUGGCAAUCCAGCAGACAGUCUUCAGCAGAUAUCUAUGCAGACCAUGCAUGCAGACCCCUUCCUGAAAGGACCCAGUUCUCUCAUCUCCAGAACCUGUUCCCCACCCCCAACCUCCCCCAGCCUGGUGCCUCGUGGAAGCUACAGCAGCGUGCUCCACACCACCAGCGAGGCUACUUUAAAGAAGGCUCCAGGGAAUAAGCUCACCAAGUCGGCCUCUUUGCCUGGUCAAAAUGGAAAUCCAACUUUUGCAGCUGUGGCUGCUGGCUAUGACAAAAGCCCUGGUGGCAGUGGCUCAGCUAGUAAAGCUGACAGUCUGGGGAAGGUGACACUGUCUCACAUGACAUCAGUGGAGAGUGAUGGAUCUGACAGCUCUGGACUGUGGAGCCCAAUAGACACCACCAGCAGCCCCAGUUUUGGUCCAGUUAAUGCUUUCUCUGCUUUUGGACCCAACAACCCACUUAACCUCUCUGGAGUUUUCAGAGGCAUGACCGUUCCCAAGAGUUCAGAGCCCCAGCAGAGUUGGCCUGAUUACACUCCAGUGUCCCCAUCCAUCUGGGAGACUGAGCCUAGUAAUUCCUGGGCUACCAGCACUGGAUCCCCAGCAACUCCAACAACUUCCAUUUUGGGCAGUGCACGCAGUCCCUGGUCCUUCAGCAGGUCCAUCUGGUCCACUGGAAACGACUCCACCCUGCACUCCUUCAACCCUCCUACUUCCACCACUCUCCCUGAUUUGGUCAGCCACACUGCACCGCCCACACCUGCCCCCAACGACAUGGGUCGCACCUACAACCCCUGGAACAUGGGGUGGUCUCCCUCACUCAAUCGCUGGAACUCAGAGCCCUGGCCUAACAGCCCCGACAACAAUGGCAUCUGAGGCAGAACAGCCUCAUUGAGCAACAGAAAAUGCAGUGGUUUCUAAUCUUGUUUUAUUUUUCAUGGUUGAAUAGAAUGAUGUACACCAAGAUCAUUUUAAUGAUUGGAAAAAACCUUGAAUUGUAAUGGUACAAAUGUCCACUGGAAAUCCAGUGUUGCAUUUCCAAGUCCCCCUCAAAAUUUAGAACUAUUUAUUUUAGUGGGGUAUCAUAAAAAUGCCUUAAGUUCAAUUUUAACUGACACAUUGAACGAAAGUUUGACGACAUUGGUUUAAUGCCAAUGCCAUUGCCCUAGUAGGGGUAUUUUUCUUUACCAUUUUAGAGAUUCCCUGUUUUGAGUAAUACUGCAUUGUUUGGAAUUCAAAUAUAUGGUCCAGUAUUAUUGUAUUAAAAUGCAAGAUGCAGUGUUACUCAACCUCAAAUAAGCACUUUGCGUAAAACCCCACUCCUACAAUGCUGUUAUAUUGGUUUGAUGAUUUAAUUCUAGAGCAUUUUCUGGCCACACUUCUUGGUUGAUUUAACAUUUGGGAAGAUAAAAGUGGUUGCUAAGACUACAAUUACCACAUUGAUUUGAACCCCUCCAAGUCCAAGCCAAACCGUAAAAGCAUUCAGAAGUUGAGAUUUUAAUUUAUUUUAAUUGGCCUCUGCUUAAUGCAAAACAAUUCAUUUGCUGAAAUUGGCUUUUAAUUUGAGGGAGCUUAAAAAACUUGAAUUGUGUUGUUCAUUCAUUUGUCACUUCAAGAGUGAGCGUUUGGUCACUUUGGUUGAAAUAAACAUAUCAGGCUGGAA